AGAAAGAACUAGCACAUGGCUCCACGUGUUGACAGAGGCUUCCUGUGUGUUGUUCUGUGUGUUUCCAGUCUGUCAGGCUGUCUGAUCUCAGAGGAAGGCUGUUCUUCUCUGGUCUCAGCUCUGAGCUCCAACCCCUCCCAUCUGAGAGAGCUGGACCUGCGCUACAAUCAUCCAGGAGACUCAGGAGUGAAGCUGCUGUCAGCGGGACUGAAGGAUCCUCUCUGGAGACUGGACACUCUCAGGGUGGAGCCUGCUGGAGUCAGAUGGUUGACACCAGGUCUGAGGAAGUAUUCCUGUGAACUCACAGUCGACACCAACACGGUGAACAGGAAACUCAAACUGUCUGACAACAACAGGAAGGUGACACGGGGGGAGGAGGAUCAGCCAUAUCCUGGUCAUCCAGAGAGGUUUGAGUCCUAUCCUCAGCUGCUGUGUAGAGAUGGUCUGACUGGUCGCUGUUACUGGGAGGUCCAGACCAGAAGAAGGGUUUAUAUAUCAGUGAGUUACAGAGGAAUCAGGAGGAGAGGAGACAGUGUUGACUGUGGGUUUGGACAUAAUGAUCAUUCCUGGAGUCUGAUCUGCUCUGAUGGUGGGUACUCUGUCUGUCACAAUUACAUAAGAACACCCAUCUCCUCCUCCCGUGUCUCUGGUAGAGUAGCAGUGUAUGUGGACUGUCCUGCUGGCUCUCUGUCCUUCUACACAGUCUCCUCUGACUCACUGAUCCACCUCCACACCUUCAACACCUCAUCCACUCAGACUCUCUAUCCUGGGUUUAGGUUCUGGUCUCCUGGCUCCUCAGUGUCUCUUUGUCCUUUGGAGGACGGAGAGUCUCCUCCUGUCUCUCACUGCUGAUCAGCUGAGUCUGGACAGGAUCCCCCUUCCAGGAAUAU